UCUCACGUCACUCUCACCGCCUCACGACGCCUCGACCACGAUCAUCACCUUCCACUUUCCACUUCAGGGGUACCACCAACAUCUCAAAUCGCACGCAUUGUAUCAACACAAAACCACAGCCUUCACCUCGCAACGCAUACAACCUGUUCAUACGACGUCGCCGCCAUCAUCGCAGCCUAACCCGCGUCACUCGCAGGGUCCAAGUCAAGUGGAGCAUCCUAAUCGCAACAGCAUUGUAAUCGCACCACUAUGGCUUACGUCCAGCUAGCAAAAGCCCUUUACGACUACGAGGCGCAAGCAGAGGAUGAGCUCACCCUCAAAGAAGACGAUGUUCUCUACAUCCUCGAGGCGGACGAUCCAGAAUGGUACAAGGCCAAGCUGAAGAGUGAAGGAGGCGCUGAUGAGCAAGAGGGGCCCGUGGGACUCGUGCCUGCCAACUAUGUAGAGGAAGCAGAACCUAUGCGAUUGAGCAGGGCGCUGUAUGACUACGCGGCACAGAAUGACGAUGAGCUGGAUAUUGCCGAGGAUGAGCUGCUCAGGGUCUACGAGACAGAUGGGCUGUGGUUGCUCGUCAAGAAGCAGGGGGAUGAUGCGCUGGGGGAAGGCGGUGUAGGCAGGCUAGGCUACGUGCCCGCAAACUAUGUCGACGAGGUAGCAGCAGUAGACACAGGCGAUGCGCCAGAAGUCGAGGAGGAGCCCUCCUACUCGUCAGCACCAGCACCUGGCGCUGCCGCCAUCCCAAUGGCCCCGCGCAACACGUCCACCGCAACGCCCGCAAUCGACAAGACGGACGGCAUCAAAAUGUGGGCAGUCUCACUCCUCGAUGCUAAGAAAAAGAAGAAAAAGGGGACCCUUGGCAUAGGCAAUGCCGCUCUUUUCUUUGCCUCCGAGUCUGACAAGACGCCCGUUCAGAAGAUCCCCGUUCUCUCCAUUACGGCGCACGCCAUCGAGAACAAGGGCAAGCAGCUCCACGUCGACUUGGACGCCAGUGCAGGCAUCGAAGGGAAUGCGAUGAACUUUGUGACGGACAAGAAGGAGGCGGACGAGAUCGCUGCCAAGCUGGAUGAGAGUAAGGAGAAGGCGGAGAGGAUGUUGGCGAUUGCGCAGGAAGCGCCUGAAGAGGCAGAAGAGGCUCCUGCAGCAGAGGAAGAGGAGGCUGCUGCUCCACCUCGCUCGACUCCAGCGCCACCGGCUGCACCCGCCGCACCACCUGCCCCACCAGCACCGCCUGCUGCUCCAGCAUUCCAGCCGCCUCCAGCUCGAAGCACCGCCAUCCUUCCUCCGCCAGUACGCAAAACAGCAACCAGCCCCGCCCCUCCUACUGCUACUGAGGAUUCGGCGGCUGCUACCAAUGGUCAUCCUGCAGCCCCAAAUGGCGACGGCGAACCUGCAAUCGCGCUCUAUGACUUCGAAGCGCAAGGCGACGAUGAGCUCACCGUUGCGGAGAAUGAGAGCCUUACCCUCGUGGAGCGAGAGAAUGACGACUGGUGGAAAGUGCGCAACGCCUCUGGCCAGGAGGGUGUGGUACCGGCAAGCUACAUCGAGGUCGCAGAGGCUGGUGCCACCACGGAUGGGGCAGCUGGAGGCGCAGCGGCGAGCGAAGAUGUUGAAGCGGAACGUCGUCGUCAGGAGGAGGCUGAAGCUCUCGCCGCCGAACGAGAGCGCGAGCAGCUCCUCGCUGCAGAGCAACGUCGCAAGGAGGCUCGGGACAGGCUUGCCCGCGAAGCAGAAGAACGGCGACGUCGCGAAGCGCUCAAGGCUCAGCCUGCGCCAGCCCCACCCAAGGUUGCCCCUGCCACCACCUCAGCAGAGAAUGCUCGCGCCGCACGGGACGUCAAGAUUCCCGAAGGACGCUCUGCCCCCGCAAGGCCGAAGGAGGCUGGCAGCAAAUCCAAGCCUGCCCCGGGUCGCACGAGGGUAUGGCAUGAUCGCUCUGGUCAAUUCCGAGUUGAGGCCGAGUUUCUUGGCUUCAAUCAAGGAAAGCUGCGAUUGCACAAGAUCAACGGCGUAGUCAUCGAGGUGGCGAUCGAGAAGAUGUCUCGCCCGGACAUUCAGUACCUGGAAGAAGUCACCGGCAAGCAAUUGAUCCCUUCCAGCCGUCGCAGCGGCGGCCCUUCCAGCUCAACAGCAGUAGGAGCUCCCCUCUCCACCCCCGUAGGCGGAGAUCCGCGCCAAUCAGAGCGAGAGCGAGAGCGUCGCAAAGAGAAAGAGCGCGAGGCCCGCCGCAGGGCCGAGGCUGGCCGCGGGCCGAAGAGGAACAUCGACUGGUUCGAGUUCUUCCUUGCUGCCGGUGUGGACGUGCAUGAUUGCACUCGCUAUGCUGCUGCGUUUGAACGAGACAACAUCGACGAUACGGUGCUGGAGCACAUGGAUGCGAGCAUCCUACGCAGCCUAGGGUUGCGAGAGGGUGACAACAUUCGGGUCAUGAAGCACAUUGAGCGCAAGUACGGUGCAAGACGCGCUGCUGCCGGUGGAAAGUCAGGGGGUGGAGCAGCGGACAUUGACAAACAGAUGAAGGCGGAUGAAGAGCUGGCGAGAAAGUUGCAGGAGCAAGAGAGGGCUGCACGACGCGACGCUGAAGGGUCGAGUUCGCAGAGCCUCUUCUCUGGGCCUGACGGAUCGCUCAAGAACAACACGAGGCGAGGUCGACCAACGCCCAAAUCUACUACCGAUACCUCCGUCGACGCAGCCUCCAUUGCAAAGGCCGGCGAGAGCCUCUCGCGCGUGUCGAGUCCGCCUUCAAGGACCAGCACAACUAGUCCGCAGGUGGAGCGCAAGAGCGCCAAAGCGGCGGCACCGGCAAGCAGCGGAUUCGAUGAUGACGCCUGGACACCAAGGCCCAGUAGCGCCAAGCCGUCUACCCCUGCGCCUGCUCCCGCGCCAGCCGCCUCAGCGCCAACACCUCCUCCAGCUCCCCCCGCCCCAGCCAAAGCUCCAACACCCCCACCCGCACCCGCUGCGCCUGCCGCCCCUGUAGAGCCAGCCAAGCCAGCCGCGGACCCCAAUUCAGCUCUCUUCGACAAGCUAGCAGCAAUGAAGGCUCCCUCAGCUGGAGUGGAUCGCCCAGGCGCCAGUCCGGCAGGGCAGUCUUCCUUCAUGUACAAUGGCCCGCGAGGACCUAUGGCUCCGGUACCACAGAACCAGGGUCUCCUCCAACCCUUGGUCCCUACGCAUGGGACAGGGCAGUACGUGCCUACGAGAGGCGGCAUGGGCAUGCAAGCUACAGGUAUGGGGAUGCAGCAGACUGGGAUGGGGAUGCAGCAGACGGGGUGGGGUGGGAUGCAGCAGCAGCCGACUGGGUAUGGAGGCUACGGUCAGCAGCAGCCUACCGGGUAUGGUGGUGGUAUGCAAUCACAGCCUACUGGAUGGAUGGGCCAGCAGCAGACGGCUAUGCAGGGCACGAACGUCUCUGGUUUCGGCGCUGGUAGUGGUAUGGGCUCUCCCCAGCCUCCCGCUCAGCAGCAGCAGCAGCCACAGCAGACAGGACAGAGCACCACUUCCAACGGCAGCUCUAACGCCACAGCAAAUGGCGGAGACAAGUACGGCGCUGGCAGUAUCUUCGCCUCCAUGAAGAGCGGCACGUUCGCGCAGGGCGACAAUGCUAAAGCGCAGCAGCCUCAGCAGGCUCAACGCUAUGAUGCGCUGCGACCUCAGCCUACGGGAUGGAGUCCGGCGGGAGUGCAGCAGCCCCAGGCUACAGGGAUGGGCAUGGGCGGCUACGGUGGUGGAAUGGGACAGCAGAUGACUGGCAUGGGCGGGUACGGCAUGGGCAUGGGGAUGCAGCCUCAGUAUACUGCUCAGCCUGGUAUGGGUGGCUUCGGGCAGCAGCAGACGGGACAGCCGUAUGGCCAACAGCAGGGCUAUGGAGGUGGGUACGGAGGCUAUCAGGGGUAUUGAAGGGAUUGACGAGGGUAACGAUGCUGAUGAUGAUGAUCACGAUGGAAAUGAACGAAUUCAAGGCGGAGCUUGGGCUCCACGCAUUCGGUGUAAUGCGCGAUCUCUUCCUCUUACACUUCACUUCAAUUUUACGCGUUUCCCUGACUUCACGAU